AUGAAGAUUGUAGUCAUCUUCCUGUGCCUUUGCGGCAGCAUUUCAUCCUUGCAAGAAUACGGAGUCGGUCAGCGCAAAUUCAAAGUUUCCGACAAGCUCUUCCUCGAACGCCAGCGCGACCUUUUGGACCUUUACCGCAAUGUAAACCAGCUCGACUUCGACGAAAAUCGGCAAAAAAUCGCCAAAAGCUACGCAAUCGAAGCAAAUGUGGACGCGUACGUCAACUCCACUGCUGUUAAGCAGUUCGUGUCGUACUACAAGUUGGGGUUGCUCCCGCGGGGCGAGAUUUUCUCGAUUUUUUACUACGAGCACCGCCUGCAGGCUAUAAGUCUCUUCAAGUUGUUCUACUACGCUAGGGAUUUCGACACGUUGUAUAAAACCGCAGUCUGGGCGAGGAAUAACGUAAACGAGGGGCUGUUCUUGUAUGCUUUUUCCACCGCCUUGGUCCACCGUGAUGAUACUUUUACGUUCGUUCUGCCACCGAUUUAUGAGAUUUAUCCGUUCUAUUUCUACAAUAGUGAGGACCUUGAGAAGGCUCAAAGGUACAAACAGGCGUACAGUGGGGGCGCUAAGACCUACACGAUUUAUUCCAACUAUUCGGGGUACUACUUGAAUUUGAACAAGGAGCAGUCGCUUUCGUAUUUUCUGGAAGAUGUGGGCUUGAAUGCGUUUUACUACUACUGCAACAUUUAUUAUCCGUUCUGGAUGGACGGGGACGAGUUUAAAUUGAAGAAUGACCGGCGGGGGGAACAGUACUACUAUCUCUACCAGCAACUCCUAGCCAGGUACUACCUGGAGCGACUGUCGAACGAUUUUGGCGAAGUUGAGUUUUUCAAUUACGACGAGCCCUUCAAAUACGGCUACUACUCCUCACUGAGGUACCCUACAGGUCUGGCGUUUCCCAACAGGCCGAAUUACGCCCCUCUCAGUGAAACGCGGGCCAAUUUUGGCCAAUCCUGGACCUACAAAAGCGCCUUCGGCUACUCCUACAGCCGGGUACAAGACUUCGAACGACGGAUCAGCGACACUAUUGACGCAGGUUUUGCUUUUACGAAAAGUGGCAAAUUGGUCGACUUGUACAGCUCCGACCAGAUUAACGUGCUGGGAAACAUGAUUGAGUCAAAUCCGGACUCAGUCAACCCCCGUUAUUACGGCCCUUGGGACAUCUACGGGCGCCACCUUCUAGGGUACUCGUACCAGCCGUUGGACAAGUACAAAGUGGCGCCUUCGGCGCUCGAACACUUCGAAACGGCGUUAAGAGACCCCGCGUUCUACCAGCUUUACAAAAAAAUUCUCAUGCAGUUUUUCAAAUACAAAAUCUACCUGCCCCCUUACACCUACAACGAACUAAAUUUCCCGGGUGUGAAAAUCGAGAAAUUCGAAGUUGAUAAACUUUUCACCUACUUUGAUUACUUCGACUCGGAUGUGACUAACGCCGUUUACACCCCACCGAAUUUCCAGUGGGACAAUUUCAAAGUAAAAGUGCGCCAACAAAGACUCAACCAUAAGCCGUUCACGCUCAAAAUCUACGUGAACUCCGACAAGGUUAACGACGCAGUCGUGAGACUCUUCCUGGGCCCCAAAUACGACGAGUACGGUCGUAAAUUAACAAUGACCGAAAAACGCCUAAACUUUGUCGAGUUGGACACCUUCAGGUACAAACUCCAAUCGGGCGAAAACGUGAUAGAGCGCACGUCACGAGACUUCUACUGGUACGUCCCCGAUAAAACAAGUUACCGAGACUUGUACAAAAAAAUCCUAGGGGCCCUUGACAACACGGAAAGCCUCCAGCUGGACUCAAGUGAGGCUUUCUACGGGUUCCCUAACCGACUUUUGUUGCCCAAAGGCAAACGCGAAGGCCAGGUUUUCCAAUUCUAUGUGAUCAUCAACCCCUAUCAAGCCCCCGGGCGCCAGGAGGUCCAACAAGACUAUUACUUCCACAGGGUUGGCACCGGAAUGAAUUACAUCGAUAAUUACGCAUUCGGGUUUCCCUUCGACCGGACUAUUGUGAGCUACGACUUCAAAGUCCCGAAUUCGAAAUUCCAGGACGUUACAAUUUACCACAAAAGUAGCGACGACCUGAAUUCGUCUCAGGCACAAAACGAACCGUAAUUUCGCGUAACCAAUAUUAAACAAGAUAAAUACGCUAAUUAUAGCCAUUAUAAUAAAUUUAAUUUGUAAAAAUAAAG